AUGUCAGACUCUCCAGCCUCCUCUCGUCGUAGGGGUCGUCCUGCUAGGGAUUCGGCCGUCUCUUCUCCGGCUCGCUCGACUCGCUCGACUCGCUCGCAGCAACAACGCCAAACCAGCAGCCCUACCCCGCUUGGUGAUGAACAAUUACAGACCACCCCCCGGGCGUCGAGGCGGAUUCGGGGCGAGGCGCCCGUCCCUUCCUCCUCCCCCAUGUUCUUCCAAUCCUCCCCCAUGAAGGGGGACAGCAGCAGCGCAGAGACCCCCGAUAUUCGAAUGGACGAACCGAGCUCCCCCGUAAGAGCUUCCUCCACAAUGGACGAUGGCGAAACUACCCCACGAGGAAACGGUGUAGCUGCCCUACGAGACUCAUCCCCCAUCCGAUAUGUCUCCAGCUCCAGUCCUACCCGUUCCCUAGGUCGCCAAGCAGGUCGCUCAGACAUCCCUAGCAGCAGUAGUGGCUUGUUUGUCUCGUCGCGCUCCAACGCCGAUGGUCACCGGGGCACCUCUCGUCGCAAUGACCUUCAUUCGGGAGGGUUUGGAUCGACCCCCAGUCGCCGCCGCAGAAUCUUCGUUGACGCCAACGGCAUGCCUACUGCCGAUGGCGAACCGCAGUCUGAUGCGACCUUCUCCAACAUUCACCCGGAUACCUCAGAGGCUGAGGCCUUGGGUGGCAGCUCCACCCGCGUGAUUUGGGGUACCAACAUUUCCAUCCAAGAUUCCAUGUCCGCCUUCAAGAACUUCCUCUAUAACUUCGCCACCAAGUAUCGACUGUGGGCCGAUGGAGCUACGGAAGAUGAGACUCGUAUCAUGGGAAAUACCGCAGAAGAAAGAGAGUACAUCACCAUGCUCAACACGAUGCGUCAGCUCGGUGUCACCAAUCUCAACCUCGAUGCAAAGAAUCUCAAGGCAUACCCAUCGACACAGAAGCUGUGGCAUCAACUUCACGCAUACCCCCAAGAAAUCAUUCCUCUGAUGGAUCAAACUGUCAAGGAUGUGAUGGUUGAGCUGGCAGGCAAGGAAAUGCAGCGCCAGCGGGCUCAUGCUCAGAUCCAGGACCUCGUCCAGGAAGUCGAGUCCAACGCCUACAAGGUCAUGCCUUUCGGUCUUGACUCUACCGUAAACAUGAGAGACCUUGAUCCUGCUGAUAUGGACAAGUUGGUGAGCAUCAAGGGUCUGGUGAUCCGGGCCACGCCCAUCAUCCCAGACAUGAAAGAAGCCUUCUUCCGCUGCCAGAUUUGCAACCACAGUGUUCAGGUCGAUAUUGACCGUGGUCGUAUUGCGGAACCCACUGUCUGUCCUCGUCAAGUCUGCCAAGCCAGAAACUCAAUGCAGAUUAUUCACAACCGCUGUGCUUUUGCCGACAAGCAGGUGAUCAAGCUGCAAGAAACCCCCGAUAACAUCCCUGAUGGCCAGACCCCUCACUCGGUUUCCCUCUGCGUGUACGACGAACUUGUUGAUGUCUGCAAGGCCGGUGACCGCGUGGAGGUAACUGGUAUCUUCCGAUGCAACCCGGUUCGGAUCAACCCUCGCCAGCGGACACAGAAGACGCUUUUCAAGACCUACGUCGAUGUUCUGCACGUCCAGAAGAUCGAUCGCAAGAAGAUGGGCAUCGAUGUGUCGACCGUUGAGCAAGAGUUGUCGGAGCAAGCAGCUGGUGAGGCCGAGCAGACGCGAAAGAUCACUGCCGAGGAGGAGGAGAGAAUCAAGCGCACCGCCAGCCGACCCGAUGUGUACGAGCUUCUCUCUCGAUCCCUGGCGCCCAGUGUCUAUGAGAUGGAUGAUGUCAAGAAGGGCAUUCUGCUGCAGAUGUUUGGCGGCACCAACAAGACGUUCCAGAAGGGCGGUAACCCACGCUACCGUGGCGACAUCAACAUUCUUCUGUGCGGUGAUCCAUCUGUCGCUAAAUCUCAGCUACUCCGAUAUGUUCACAAGAUCGCGCCCCGCGGUGUCUACACCAGCGGCAAAGGUUCAUCUGCCGUUGGUCUUACGGCUUAUGUGACCCGCGAUCCUGACACCAAGCAGAUGGUUCUCGAGUCCGGUGCCUUGGUUCUCUCGGACGGCGGUAUUUGCUGCAUCGACGAAUUUGAUAAAAUGAAUGAAUCGACGCGCUCCGUUCUACACGAAGUGAUGGAGCAGCAAACCGUGUCCGUUGCCAAGGCAGGUAUCAUUACCACCUUGAACGCUCGCACUAGUAUCCUUGCCUCUGCGAACCCCAUCGGCAGCAGAUACAACCCGAACCUCCCGGUCCCGCAGAAUAUUGACCUACCUCCCACCCUGCUGUCUCGAUUUGACUUGGUUUAUCUUAUGCUCGACCGGACAGAUGAACAGGAGGAUCGUCGCCUGGCCAAGCACCUUGUCAACAUGUACCUGGAGGACAAGCCCGACAACGCAAGCAGUGAAGAGAUCUUGCCCGUCGAGUUCCUCACGGCCUACAUCACGUACGCUAAAACCAAGGUGCACCCCGUGCUUACCCCUGCUGCCGGAAAAGCCCUCUCCGAUGCGUAUGUUGCUAUGCGCAAGCUUGGAGAUGAUAUCCGGUCAACAGAUCGCCGUAUUACCGCCACUACGCGUCAGCUGGAAUCCAUGAUCCGACUGUCGGAAGCCCACGCACGCAUGCGCCUCUCGUCAGAGGUGACGGCCGAUGACGUCGAAGAAGCCGUGCGCCUCAUUCGGUCGGCCAUCAAGCAGGCCGCGACGGACUCCCGCACCGGUCUCAUCGACAUGGGCUUGCUCACCGAGGGCACCAGUGCUAGCGAGAGACGCAACCGGGAAAUGAUCAAGCGCGGUGUGCUUUCCGUGGUGGAUGAACUGGCCGGCUCAGGCGGCUCAGCUCGGUGGGCUGAAGUCUUCAGACUUCUGAACGAGCAGAGCAGCGCUCCCUUGGAUAGCAACCAAUUUAGCGAGGCAAUUUACGCUUUGCAAAACGAAGGCAUCGUGAAUGUCAUUGGUGAGGGUGCGCGGAAGAGCAUCCGGCGCAGUGCACAAGCAAUUGCCUGA